AUGCUUGAUGAAGAAUCUCGCCCGCCAGACCUCGGAGACAUCACUGAUCCAUCCAAAACUGCGAAAAUUGCUUUUGCGGCCCAAGCAGCCGAGUCUAGUGUGUACUUGAAAGAGAGCGAUCGCCUCAAUCACUACAAAGGGGUGCACCGCCCGUCGUGGCCAAGGCUGGCGGCCCUACACCACAUCCUCGAUGAAGGCUGUCACACCAGACGACUGAUGCCAAGAUAUCAUUGGACACGGCAGAAUCUUUGCUGGACAGCUCGUCCUCGACACUCCUACAAAACGCCAAGCUACAUCAGCAAAGGAAGUUUUCAACACUCUGUGGCACAAUCUGGACCGAAAAAGCGCGACUGGCAAUUUACCUAG